AUGAGCACAACUCUCACGUGUGUUGUUCACUCUCGAACGCUGACGCCCAACGUCACGGAUUCACCGGACCUCUGCAUGCGGCAGCGGUUCAACGUCGAAGCCGACGUAUGCCCGUUAGUGCCGAGUUAUUCACAUCCAGGCUGGAUGGGAGUUCAAUUUCAGGCCAACUCUAGUCACAUCAGCUCAUCGAACGGGAUGGUCUGGCGUUUUGUCACACAACGUCAUUCAGACCUGUAG